AUGAACGACCAAGCCGCGCCUGAGUACGUGAAUUCUAAAACGGCUGUGUGGUGGGACAUGGACACCUGCCCACUUCCCGAUGGUUACGAUGCUCGCCGGGUCCGCCCAAGUAUAGAAGGGGCCUUGAAGGAUUUGGGAUACUAUGGUCCUGUAACCAUCAAUGCCAUGGGCAACCUGGAAAAUGCACAUCCUCACGUCCUCCAAGGGCUCUCUUCCACUGGAAUCCUUCUUCAACACACCACUAGGGUACGCUCAUAUAUUUAUCAUGAUUUGAGUAUGUUCAAAGUUGAUAAUCCACCACCAGCUACAAUAAUGCUCAUAUCUGAUCAAGUGGAACCCGUGUUGUCUAUCUUCCUUUCUCUGGAUCAUCAAAAGAGUUACUACAACCUUGUUCUGGCACGUACAUUUACUCCUCCGAGUAUGUCACGUCUCUGCCAUACUGCAGAGUGGCUCUGGCAAACCCUACUGGCUAGGUCUCCGGAGACAACAAGUUGUGUUCUUCGCAACUCUGCCUCGUCAUUUCUUUGCGGAUCAUGCAACUUUACUGCCCUAAGCGUUACAGAUUUCAGCAGGCAUCUCUCCUCUGAAGAACAUAAAAAAGAAGAGUUUUUUUCUAUCAAGUCUAGCCUGCCAGAGGACAGUGACGAGGGCGAGGAAUCAAUGGCAAAGAUUCCAAAGCGAAAACGUUCGAGGAAGAAAAAGCAUUCCGGAUGACUCAUGUACUUCUUUUUAAUAGGCGUCCCCUCCCGGCGUGGCCGCCCAUGAUAAUCUUAAGCCUUCAACAAAGAUAAAUGGUUGCACGAGUAGAUCAGUUUUUAUUUUAUUUCCCGUUUCUGUCUUUUGUGUUCCCAGGGAUGAUUUGAUUUGAGGAGGACUCGUUUGAAGUUCAUUUUUAUAUGGAUUGCAAUGGAUAAUUUAUGUAUUUCAAAAAUCUCUGUUUGAUAAAUUACACCUCGACUA